GAACCGCCGCCAUUGAACUAUACCCUGCACACACGGAAGAAGGCCAUCUUCAUCUUUUGGUCAUUCAUCAUCUUCGACUCCGUGGUGAUGCCCAUCGCUCUGUACUUUGGGCUCUGGUAUGGCGGGGAGGUGCUCUCCGCCAAUGCUGUCUUCUCCAUCGUCACCGCUGCGAUAGGAGGAGCCAGCAUUCUCGAGUACUGUAUCCGUUUCUGGAGGCUGUACAAGAAGAGCAGCACCUGCCGCGUCAUAGGAGCCAGGAGGUGGUACCUAGACCUCUUCCACUGGAAUUAUUCUCUUGCCUGGAUCAUCAUCAUGCUUGAGCUGAUCAUAGGCACUUGCCAGUACUGGCCACCUAUCCGGCUCCUCUCGGUACCUCUGACCACGAUGCUGUUCACGUUCGGCACAGAGCUGCUUCUAGUCGACACCCUCCGCCUCUUCCGCGUUCCUGCGCCCAUUCGCAUGUCGUCGAUACCCAAGGGCGCCCAGCUGCGACCAUGUAUAUAUACAAUCAUCGAGGAUGUGGUUGCCGUGGACGGUUCGGGGGGGACGGCUUUUCGCGAGGCCCUCAACAGGAGAUACGAGGCCAGCCACGUCUUCAGGAGCAUGCUUCGUCAGCUGGGUAUCUUCUGGGCGGUUGGGGCCGAGGCCAUGGCGGUUGUCUGUAUGAUCCUCAUCUUUACGGUCAGCGACGAUGCGGCCUUUACUAUUGGCUGGUCGGUGCCGUUCGGGUGGGCAGGCGUGUGGUCGUUGUGCACCAUCUGGUACGUGAAGAGGGAGCUGAAGAAGGAGAAGGUGGCAUGGGCCGAGCAGGUCUCCAAAAGCGGG